AUCAUUUUGUGGCCAAAUACAGGGACGGUGUGUCUGAGUCUCAGUUUUCAACGGUUUUGGACUACGAACGCAUGAAACUACUGGACGGUUGCCGUAAAGCCGGUAUGACUGAGUCGCCUAAAGUGACAUUCAUUACGGUGCAGAAGCGACACCACACCCGCUUCCGUCCGGCCAAUAUUCGUGACGGCACCGGACGUAUGAAAAACAUUCCGGCGGGCACUACAGUCGACUCACAUGUCGUCCACCCGACCGACUUUGACUUCUACUUGUGCUCACACGAAGGCAUUCAGGGUACGAGUCGUCCGACCCAUUACUAUGUCCUCCACGACGACUACGGCUUCAGGGCUGAUGAGCUCCAGAAGCUCUCGAACUACAUGUGUCACAUCUACGCCCGUUGUGACAAACCCAUAAGCAUACCGGCGCCCGUACAGUACGCCCAUUUGGCCGCAUACAGGGCUCGCAAGUAUAUUAUAGCAUACAAUCAACGUUCAGUUACUGGCGCUUCCACUCCGGACCGCUCCGGUGCCGGUCGAGGCCGCGGUCGUGGGGCACCCGUACGUCACGGUCCGCCCCGAGACGAGUCCGAUGCGGACCGUCGGAGCCGUGAGAACCAAAUGGCCGCCCAAUACAACUCUAAGAUACAAGUGAAGGCAUCCCUCAAGAAUAGUAUGUCUUUCUGUUAGGGAGCGGCUCCGGGAGUCAAUUGGAUGAGCCCGUAAUACUUAUG